GACUACUCGUGGGCUUCCGCGGCAUUAGUUUUCCUUUAUGACAACUUGGGAGAUGGAGCUAUCCACGACACUCGACAGCUGGGAGGUUACAUGAGCCUACUGCAGUGUUGGAUUUACGAGCACUUCCCUAGGAUCUGUAAGCGGGGUGAUAGAGGAGCGGUUCCUGCGCAUCGGCCAAGAGCAUGUAGGUGGACUGCAAAACAUGCUGUUGAAGGUGGAUUGAUGGCAUAUCGUCGGAGACUUGAUGGGUUGUUGCUCGAGGAUGUAGUGUUUACACCGUAUGAUGAUGAUCGAGCUAAUCAUCCGUUUGUAUCGGUUUCGAUGUUUUCUGGAUAUCUUCGAUGUGGUGGAGUCUCAGUCCCAUAUUUGCCAGAGCGAUGUCUCCGACAGUUUGGUCGUAUUCAGUGCAUUCCGCGGGACGUUCCUCCGAUGCCGGACAGUGUAGAUUGGGUGUGGCAGAGUACUAUGAGAUCAUCUGUAGAGACCUUUCGGAGACUAUAUCAUGUUGCCACUUUUCCUGGAGAGGUCACUGCAGACUACUAUGCAUGGUACAUUAGUGUUUCACAUCCUCUGAUUCUCCCUCCAUCCACCGUUGCACCUUCGAGUCCACAUACUACUGUUGCUGCCCAUGCUGGUCCAUCAUCGUCUGCACAUGCUGGUAUAGACCCUAGAGAUCUUAGAGACCGUAGAGAAGCUGAGCUUGCACAUAGGGCCUUAAAUAUGGUAAGACCAUAUAGUGAGAUUCAUGAUACAAUGAGUGAAUUAUGUCGCUUGUAUGACGAUUAG